AUGCCUAAGAAGAGGUACCAGCAAAACUGGUCUUACAAGCCACGGUUACCGGUAACCCCGGCAUCUUCCGAAAGAAAGUCUACGAGGAGUGUCAAUGAUAUACUGGCCAAUCUACGACGUGCGCCUGGGUCGCCUUCAUCAUCAUCGAUAAACCCCAGCUUGGCAGGGAACAGUCCCAGCGUUCCACCCGCCAUCCGGGAGAUUCUCCAGAUCCCCGAGGCACCGCCCAUCGCUCCCCGACGUCCAGGACGAGUACGCUUCGACCAAGCCGGUCGGCGUCUACCCCCGGGACCCCCACCACCUCGCAGUUGGGUAUCCGGGAGGAACGAACAUGGCAGGAACGGUACCUCGUCUCGCCUGAUGGAUCCCAGCUCACCACUGGCUCGAGCGUCGUCUGCCACCACCACCAUCAUCACCGCAGACGCCCUGCCGGGCGUGGACCUCCAUUCGAAGGGGAGCCUCAUCGACCUUGUCCUCCGUAAUAUUGCGCUGGAGUGGGAAUUUCAGCGCAUAUACAACGUGUACCACCUCUACCACCUACCGACCCACCUCAAGCUUGCACUUAUCCGCUACAUCAGCGUCUUCAGCGGCGUGUCGCUGGGAGACCUCAAGAUCAUCUUGCUACCUCCUCCUCCUCCUCCUCCCUCUCCUCCUACAGCAGAUCCUCUUACCGAAGGUGAGGAUGAGGGGCUGCGGGUUGGAGAGCCUGACGGCCUGGGCGACGUGACCUACCUCGACGUCAGCGGCUCUCUCGGUCGGACCUUGACGCUCAAGGAGCUGACAGACCUUGUAUUCCCGCCCAGACCACCCGUCACCGUAUACGAGGAGCCACAGGAAUCAUGGUACGAGGCUGCGACGGAAGCAAGCGGCGGCGACGGCACCACGGCGGCGGUGACGACACCAUCGGCAGCAGCGGGACCUCCACGCACCUUGCUUCCCAACCUCUCGCACGUGUCGCUGGCCCUUGACCCGCGGGACGGCUCUGGCGCGUCGUGGAAGCAGCUGCUCACCUUCUCGUCGCGUGCAUCCUCGGCGAUAACGCACCUCAGCCUGGCGUACUGGCCGGCGCCGUGCCUCGUCUCGCGCGCCAGCCAGCAGUCCAGGAUGGUCGGCUCGGCCUCGAUCGGCCCGGCAAACUUGGCCUACGCCGGCACAGACAUGUACUCGCACUCGCUGGACGGGGACUGGAGCGAGGCCCUCCUCGUGCUGCGCAUGCUCAGCCGCAACCUGUACGAGCUGGAGUACCUCGACCUGACGGGGUGCGCGGCCUGGUUCCCGGCCCUGAUGGAGAGGUCGGACCACGACUUUGUCGACUGGGCCGCCAGCUGGAGCAAGAUUAGCCAUCUGAAGCUGCGCGUAGGCUGGGAGCCCGCAGAGGACGCCAUGCCCUCGGAGUCGGCGGCCUACGCGGACGCGCUCGAGAAUGCGGCCCGCGUCGAGAAGCAUAUACGUGCCAGGCGGGCCGGGCAGGGCAGGUUCAUCACUGUAGAUAGGGAUAGGAUAUGA